UGAAUGUCGGGAUUGUUAUAUUUUUUAGUUUGAAGUUUCCCGAUUUCAUUGAAAACUAAUUGAAAACCAUAUUUAGAUUUGUCUAUUUAGUGCAAUUUGAACAUCUUUAUAGCGUGUGAUUGUAUUUAUAUUUUAUUGUUAUAUUAUAUAUAAAGAAAUAAUUUUUUGUGUGAGAUGACAGCUCCUGGUGGCCUACCCAGGCGUAUACUGAAGGAAACUCAACGGUUGAAAGCAGAACCUGUCCCAGGAAUAGAAGCCACACCUGAUGAGAACAAUGCUAGAUAUUUUCAUGUCAUUGUAGUUGGUCCCAAAGAUUCUCCGUAUGAGGGUGGGGUCUUCAAGUUGGAACUCUUCCUACCAGAGGAGUAUCCCAUGUCAGCACCAAAAGUCAGAUUUAUGACAAGAAUAUAUCACCCAAACAUAGAUAAACUAGGAAGGAUUUGCUUGGAUAUUCUAAAAGAAAAAUGGAGCCCCGCCCUACAAAUUCGUACAGUGUUAUUAUCAAUACAAGCCCUCCUGAGUGCACCCAACCCUGAUGAUCCUCUAGCCAAUGAUGUCGCUGAACAGUGGAAGGUCAACGAGGCUCAAGCCAUUGAAACUGCAAGGCAAUGGACACGGAGAUAUGCCAUGUGAUGAUCAAUGCAUGUCAUUAGUUCCAUGUAAAUUUAAAUAGUUUAACCGAAAAUUCGUUUUUAUUGACAAGUUUAUUAUUACAAAUAUUGUUAUUAAUAAUUGUUUGUUUGUCUGUCUGUUUGUCUGUCUGUCUGUCUGUUUGAUACUGUGUGAGCCCAUUAAAUCUUAGGAGAUAACUUUUAAAACGAAUAAAUAAAUUAGUUUUUUUUCCAUCUGAAAUGAUGGUUGCAGUGGUGAUGUUGAUUAUGUGACGAUGAUGAUGAUGAUGAGGGUGAUGUCAUUUUAAUAGCGAGGCUAUAAAUAAAUUAUGAUGACGACGACGACGAUGAUGAAGGUUUUAUUGCUAUGAACAUUUUAUUACCUUACGUCUUCGUAAGUACUUUUUUUUUCAUUGCUUUAAUUAAUGUAGCCACAUUUUCUAUGUUGAUAAUGACGAUACACCGUUUAUAUGCAUAGCAUAUUCAUACAUUUAUAAUACAUAUUACACUUAAAUAUUCAAACUUUCAGUCACUAUAUUAAUAACGUUAAUGUUGAUUUCGUCUCACAAAUAAGUUUUUUGGUACAACGAAAUUUAGUUGCUAAUGUAUUCAUCAUUAAUCUUAAUUACUGUUAAUUAUUAUUAUUUCAUUUGACUAACAUUUUGUUAUCGGUUAUUUUUGAAUACAUCUACAAUAAAAGGCUAAAAUUAAG